CCCAUUAUCUGCUUCAACAGUCUUUCUUGCUUGCCAGAAAACUUUGAUUCUGUUUUGUGAUUGUUUUGAGUUUGAAGAGUGGAUCAGGGAACUCAAGGGGUUGUGCAAUUUGGUGACUGGUUGAUGCAGAUACCAUUUAAGGCAGUAUGGCAACUCUUUCUGACAUUAGUGUUGCGGCAUGUAUAAAUAUCCUCAGCGCAUUUGCUUUCUUUGUGGUUUUUGCCAUACUUCGAAUUCAGCCUAUCAAUGAUAGGGUAUAUUUCCCAAAGUGGUACCUUAAGGGUUUGAGAUGCAGUCCCCAGUCAGGUGCUUUUGUUCAGAAGUUCGUUAACUUGGACUUUCAUUCAUACCUGAGGUUUCUCAACUGGAUGCCAGCUGCAUUGCAAAUGCCAGAACCCGAGCUCAUUGAUCAUGCAGGAUUGGACUCUGCUGUUUAUUUGAGAAUUUAUUGGACUGGGUACAGCACUUUAUGCCCCUUCUUCGCUCUAAUGUUUAAUUGACAAAAAAAUUUUCAUUUCAAAAUUUUAUCUGACCAGGUAUGGUCAGCCCCCUUUCUUAGAAUUUACUAAUUUCUGAAUAAACACUAAUUUCAACACUAAGGUAUGAGAUUGGUGAAGCUUGUUAUAUUUUAGAGGAUAUCCAGUAGACUUGUACAGUUGUAGUAAGCAUGGUGUUGCAUGACGCCUUGGUUGAUAACUUUCUGCCGACCAAUAAAACAAUUAGCACGAUGCUCUUAAAUUUAGUGGUAACUCUCUGCGGACCAGCAGUUGCCAACCAAUGUAUUGGAAAAGUGCCAUUCUGAGGCACCACUAGCAUCAUAGUGAUGGCACCACUAGCAGGUUGCGCAAAGUUUGUUUGUCCAUCUCAUCGCAUGAACUGGUGAAAUAAUCUUUAUAAGCACAUGCACUCUGCUGUGGCUCGGGGAUUAUCUUUGAGUUGAUUUUUAUUCUGGAAUUCUGCUGGCUUUGUAACUGAAAUUUUAUCGCUGUUAUUUAUUCUUGAGCACGAGUUUAGGAGCUUUAUCUCUCUCUGUCUUUCCUCUUUGAAAAAAAAAUUAAGUGCUGAGUUCCAGAAUUGUUGAAUCUUUAUGAGUUCUGCGUUUAUUGUCUCAAUCAAUUAAAGAUUAGCAUUCCUUAGGAAUUUUGUUUAAUUAUACUGAAUAUGAUAAUGCCAGUCCAUUUCAAAUGACAACAUUAGUUUCUGAUAUUCCUUCUUAGACCCUCCUUGAUCAUGUCUAGAUGCAUUCUAUCUAUAAACUGCCCGUGUUUCAAUUUCCAUGCUUUGCAAAUUACGAAUUAUGUGGUGAACUGCUCCAUGUAAGUUCUACCAGUUGUACGAGUUACAUGUACAUCACACCUGCAAUUUCGUCUUUGUUGGCAUUUGCCUCCAACAACCAUUUCUGUUUUUGAAGGUGUCAGAAAUCAUGUUAGAAACAAUGUACUGUGGAAUUCAAGAUUUAAAAAAUGCUAGUAUCUUGAUUUCGGUCCAAGAUGCACUUUUUGAGAAAGAUGUUUAUGCCAAAAUUACGCGUACAUCCGUACAGCUGUAAAAUGUGUAUUUUACUGCACAUAAUAAAAACCUGUCUUUGAUUAGUUGUGUUGAUUCUCACUCAUAUCACCCUUCGACACUAUUUUCACAUAUGUUGUUUUCAAAGAACUUAAUGACUUGUUUUGUGGCUGCUGAUGGACGUGCUAAAGAUCUCUCUUAUCUACAGACUAACUUCUUUUACAUUCUAAAGUUCUGUUAUAUAUGUACUGACUUCUUUUUCAUUUUCUUCUUACUUCCUUUCAAUUUCUCACUGCAGGCUUAAAAUAUUUGUUCCUAUUGCAGUACUUGCUUUCACAGUAAUGGUGCCCGUCAAUUGGACAAAUAACACUUUAGAGGAUUCGAGAAAUGGUCUGACUUAUAGUGGCAUAGACAAGCUCUCCAUCUCAAAUGUUCCUCUUGGAUCAAAAAGAUUUUGGACCCAUAUAGUAAUGGCUUAUGCCUUUACUUUCUGGACAUGCUAUGUUCUGAAAAGGGAGUAUGAAACAAUCACUUCGAUGAGAUUGCAUUUUAUUGCUUCUGAACAUCGGCGCCCUGAUCAAUUUACUGUGCUAGUCCGGAACGUGCCAUCAGACCCUGAUGAAUCAGUGAGUGAACUUGUGGAGCAUUUCUUUAUGGUCAACCAUCCAGAUCACUACCUCACUCACCAGGUUGUGUACAACGCAAACAAACUCACUGGUCUAGUAAAUGAGAAAAAGAAGUGUCAAAACUGGCUUGACUAUUAUCAACUGAAAUAUGCUAGAAACCAAUCAAGAAGACCCAGAGCCAAGACUGGUUUUCUUGGCUUUUUUGGUAAAACAGUGGAUGCCAUUGACUUCUACACCGCUGAAAUUGACAGACUUGAUAAGGAAAUAACUAGUGAGAGAUUGAAGAUCGACCACAAUGCGAAGUAUAUCAUGCCUGCUGCAUUUGUUUCCUUUAAAACUAGAUGGGGAGCUGCUGUUUGUGCACAAACUCAGCAGUCCAGAAAUCCUACUUUGUGGCUAACUGAAUGGGCUCCAGAACCCCGCGAUGUUUAUUGGAAUAAUCUAGCAAUUCCUUAUGUCUCACUUACUGUCAGGAGGCUUGUCAUUGUUGUUGCAUUCUUCUUUCUCACAUUCUUCUUCAUGAUUCCGAUUGCUUUUGUUCAGUCCCUUGCUAAUAUAGAGGGAAUUGAGAAAGCAAUUCCUUUUCUGAAGCCAAUCAUUGAAAAGAAAGCAAUCAAGUCAUUCAUCCAGGGGUUUCUUCCUGGAAUCGCUUUGAAGAUCUUUCUCAUCUUUCUACCAUCCAUACUGAUGCUGAUGUCCAGGUUUGAAGGAUUCAGCUCCAUAUCAGCUCUUGAAAGAAGAUCUGCAACAAGAUACUAUAUAUUUCAGUUCAUAAAUGUCUUCCUCGGAAGCAUCAUAACUGGAACUGCCUUUCAACAACUGAAUAAAUUCAUUCACCAGUCCCCCAACGAGAUCCCAAAGACGAUUGGUGUCUCCAUACCCAUGAAAGCCACCUUCUUCAUAACGUACAUUAUGGUGGAUGGAUGGGCUGGAGUUGCUGGCGAGAUUCUUAGGUUGAGACCUUUGAUAAUAUUCCACCUGAAGAAUUUUUUCCUGGUAAAGACUGAAACUGACAGGGAGCAAGCAAUGGACCCUGGAAGCCUUGGUUUCAACACUGGAGAACCUCAGAUUCAGUUGUAUUUCUUGCUGGGCUUAGUUUAUGCUGUUGUAUCUCCAAUUUUGCUUCCUUUCAUCAUCAUAUUCUUCGGGCUCGCGUAUGUUGUGUAUCGGCAUCAGAUCAUAAAUGUGUAUAAUCAAGAAUAUGAGAGCGCUGCUGCAUUCUGGCCUGAUGUUCAUGGACGCAUCAUCGUGGCAUUAAUAGUAUCCCAGCUGCUUUUACUGGGACUGCUAAGCACCAAGGAAGCUUCUCAGUCAACUCCGUUGCUCAUUACCCUUCCUAUAUUGACCAUUUGUUUCGACAGAUACUGCAAAGGUCGUUAUGAACCUGCUUUUGUUAGAUACCCUCUACAGCAAGCUGUGAUGAAAGAUACCUUGGAUCAUACACGGGAUCCGAAUGUCGAUUUGAAGGAUUACCUGAAAAAUGCAUACAUCCACCCAGUCUUCAGGGCUGCAGAUGAUAUCGAGAACAAUUUGGCCGCCAUAGAUGAUUGGCAGGAACCUGCACUUGUUCCCACCAAACGACAGUCUCGAAGAAACACCCCCUGCUCUAGUCUACGUAGUAAUUCAUCUAAGGCUCUUCUUUAUGAAAUUGAUCAAAAGUCCCUUCCAUGAGACAUUGAUCUGCAAGUGAUUUAGAAGGUAGAAAAUGGACCUCAGAAUCUAUAAAUCAUGAUAGCACAGGGAUUGAGGUCAUUAAUUUUUUUUGAAACUUGAGAUUGUAUGUAUAUAAAGCAAAAUAGAGAACCAUACAGAUAGACCAUUCUUUCACCAUAAUAUUGGAUGAAAUGAAAUGAUCAAGGCAGACCAACUUUCUGUUGGCAAUUAUUUCGUCUUUCAUCUGGUAGCUGGUGAUUCAUUCAUCAAAUUCGUCUGUUGAGAAUGCAAACGAUAUCAUCUGCGAGUUUAGACAUUGGCCAUCAAGCUGCCACAUAUAGAGCUUCCUUACUUGAUCCAGAAUGAGAUACUGUGAAGAAUGGC